UCCCCCGAUUGAAUCCGGGGAGGGAAAUGCGAAAGCUCGGAGCGGCGCUGGGCGAGCGCAGCCGGGAGGGGGCCUUCGGGAAAAGGGCGGGCAGCCCCUCCGGCUCCCUCUCGCAAUAAAAGCGCUCCCCCCCUCUCGCCCCAGCCAGCUCGCUCAACUUGUAACGCAGCCUCGGAGCGCGACCCUCGCCCAGGCCACUCCUGAGGAGCCGCCGAGGGUGGGCUAGGGGGGAGGCUGGCAGAGACAAAGCAAAGAUGAAGGUAACCUCGCUCGAUUCCCGUCAGCUCAAGGCGCUGCUGCGGAAGGAGCCGGCCCGCUGCCUGGCGCUGGAUUGCAGACCCUACCUCUCCUACUCGGCCUCCUGCCUCCGCGGAUCGCUUAACGUGAACCUCAACUCCGUCGUGAUCCGCCGGGCGCGCGGGCGCCCCGUUCCUCUGCACUUCGUGGUGCCCGACGAAACGGCCAGAGGGCGGCUGCUGCCGCCGCCGGCUCGCCCGGAGGAAAGGGAAGGCGACGGGGCGCCCUCCCUGCGGCUGUCGGCGGUGAUCGUCCUCGACCAAAGCACGCGGCAUUGGCGGAAGCUCAAGAAGGAGAGCACGGCGCAAAUCGUGCUGAACACGCUGCUGGCCAGCCUGCCAGAGGCGGGGGUCCGGGUCUGCUUCCUGAAAGGAGGCUAUGAUACCUUUUAUUCUCUGUACCCGGAGUUCUGCGAGGAUGUAAAGCCUGCAUCCCCAGAGAGAAAUGAAAUGGAGAGAAGCAUCAAUAACCAUUGUGAGAAGCAGUGCCUCCACCACAAACCAGCAUAUGAUCAGGGGGGCCCAGUGGAAAUCUUGCCUUUCCUGUACCUUGGCAGUGCCUACCAUGCUUCCAAGUGUGAGUUCCUAGCUAAUCUGAACAUCACUGCGCUCCUAAAUGUUUCCAGGAAGAGUUCAGAGCCCUUUACAGAUCAAUACUGCUAUAAAUGGAUUCCAGUGGAGGAUAACCACACAGCAGACAUCAGCUCUCACUUCCAGGAAGCUAUAGACUUUAUUGACUGCACCAGACGGGCAGGGGGCAAAAUCUUGGUGCACUGUGAAGCUGGAAUUUCUCGCUCUCCCACGAUCUGCAUGGCUUAUCUCAUGAAAAUGAGAAAGUUCCGUCUGGAGGAGGCUUUUGAUUACAUCAAACAACGUAGGAGUCUGAUCUCACCAAACUUUGGUUUCAUGGGCCAGCUGUUACAGUAUGAGUCAGAAAUACUGUCUUCAACACCCAGCCCUCCUGUCACCUCUUGCAAAAGGGAUGCUGUGUCUUUCUUCACAGAAGAACUUUCCUUGAGCAAAAGCUUUGAAGGCUCCUGUUACACUUUUCCUACCUCAGUUUUGAAUUCUGUACCCAUUCACUCACCUGUUCAUCAGCUGAAACUUAAUCCUAUUGCGGCAACUUCAUCCUGCUGGACCCUUCUGGGAGCAAGGGAUAAUACAGUCCAGUAAACACAGCAGAGAUAAGACAUUUUAUCAACAUGCAGUGCUGAAAAUCUCAUGGAUUUCUCCCAGAUACGAUGGUUUUGAUUUGAAGGGCCAUCGCUUCCAGGAAGGAAAAGUAUGGCUUUAUAUUGAGAUGAAAUCAAGGUCUGAAUACACUUAAACUUGGAACAGUUAUGCAGUUUCAAGGCCUUACAUCAUGCUGAGCCUAGCUGCUUACGCUCAAAUUGACUUAGGGUUUGAACUAGAAAAUAUUCUUCCUUUUUUCAAAAGUAGAUUCCAUUCCUUUCUCCAUAGGAGAAAUGUGUCUAUAGACACCAGUUGGUCAGGCUUUCAAAAGAGUGUAUGUUUUUAAAAUGUGUGCAUCUUUAAGGGUGUUUUUAAAUACCUGCUGGGAUCUGUGUGCAUCCACUACUGUACUUCCAGACCAUGCUGGAGCAGAGCAAGCUACACACAAAAUCAGGCUUGUCCAAUUGCUUCUCAGUUCCUGCCACUUCUUCUUAAUUACAGCUUCAUUUUAAAGUGUAAGCAAUAAGCAGCUAUGUCAGGAAAGCAGAGCUGUAAUGAAAAGCACAAUUUAUGAAAGAAGCAAACCUUAACAUUUAGUGGUGGCAGAAACUUUAAUGUUUGCUUUUUCCUGUUUUUAUGUCCUAUGUUGCAGGCUACAAGAGGAUCAGAAAAUGUAGGAAGCAAACUUUCCUCUUCACACACCCAUGUGUUUGCCAGUGUUUAUUACCAUACAACUGGGGUCUAAUCAGAGGUGUAUUUUCCCCAGAAGCCCUGGAGGAGGGGGGAGUGUCAUGUUCUAGGCUAAGUAAUGAGAUUAGGUAGAUUUGAGCAGAGCAACUUCUAGAUCCCCCAAGGCUGCUUGAAACCUGAUAAGGGAGCUGCCCUCUGUAUCAUCCAAAUUAAUCCAGCUAGGAAUUCCAAAGGUUCCUUAUUUUAAAGAAAUGUCGUUCUAGGAUACCUUGAUCCUAUCAAAGUGCAAUGAGUGGGCUGUUCAAAUCCUCUUUAUUGUAUUAGUGGCCUGGUCUAAAUGAUGUGCUUAUCAAAUUUCUGAUUGCUGAUGCAAUGCCUGGUGUUAGUACUUGAGCACUGAUUCUCGCCAACAAUAAUAAGCCUUGCAUGGUAUAAAGGAUUUUAAAAAAAUAUAUCUUUCCAUUGUGAUGUGUUUCCCCCUCCUUAUCUCUCUUGGGGCUCUGCAAGUUCCAUAUUCCAUGGGCCAUUGGUAACUUUCCAUGGAAAGCUGUAGAAGCCAUCAUUUACACCAGGCUCCAAUUUUGCUCCGUCACUGGAUUUGGCAAUAUGCUAUACUCAUCUUUUCAGCCUUGCCCCUAAAUGGCCUCAGUACAGCUGUUUGGGUGAGGAGUGUGAUGCUGCAUACAGUUCAAGUGGUAGCUGACCAAGGACAGCCAAAUAUAGGCAUGGGUGAGCUAUUGCUUAAUUGGUCUUUUACAGUUAGUGCUGGGAAAUGGUCAAAUGGAGGUCAACAAUCCCAAAGUGCAUAUUCUUCCUCUGCCAUCUCUUGAGUUCAAUGACCAAAGCACAGCUCAUAACUCAGGUGUAGUUCACUCACACAUCAGUCACUGGGUCAUGUGCAGAAAAAAGUAGAGGGGAAUGCCCAUAGCCACAGCCUGUUCAAGACUCAGACCUCUAGUCUAUUCUUUGAGCAGAGCUGCUUUGGCCUUCAAAUAACAUACUCUCAUUUAGAAUACAUGUAAAUUAAAUAAUCAGUUUCUCCCAGCUAUUGAACAGAAAUUAGUUAUGAGUAUAAAUGAUUGUUUUAGAACUCUCAAAUCAAACUCUUGCAAUUUGAAUCACUAGUUGUUAAAUAGAUGGGGGGAGGGGAGCUUUGCAGAUUGCCCAAGUGAAGUGUUAUCAACUUGUACACUGUGUGUUCUUGGUAUAUGUUGUGUGCGGCUUGCUAUUCCAUGUUUAGGUCUGUUCCAUAUCACAUUUCCUGGGAUGGAAUAAUUUCAUUUAUCUAAUAGGUUCCUUUUUGCGGGGGCUCUAUGUGUCUAGCUUGUGUGUCUGAAAGCAGUUCAGUUUGUGUGCUGUCUGUCAUAUUUUUAAUAUGAGGAAUGGCAAUAAUUGCCUGAAACUUGUGAAU